AUGGAUAAGUUCAACUUUCUCAAAGUCUUGCCUGCAGAGCUGCGCUGCAUAAUCUACCACGAGGUUCUCGAAGGCUUUACGACCGAUACCUGCGCUUGGGCCGGUGCAUUUCUCACAUGCAAGCAGCUUUACCUCGAGUUAUUCCACGAGCUACCCAAAGCCUUUCAUGUUGAACUCAACACCAUGUUGUCGGAAUUACAGGCUAAGUGGACUGUUGAUGGCAUCGCUCCGCUUCGAAUUAGCCAGCAGGGUUCGGCAUACGACAAUGCAGAGGUCACCAUAGAACUUCCUAUCAGCUACUUCCACGAUGCCGAGGAUACGUCUCCCGAUGAGUUUGACCGAUGCUGGGACAUAUUGGCCCCGCUUCUGGCAUUCAGACUCCGCACCCUUACUAUCUGUUUCUAUAUGGAUGAGAAAAUGGCCGGUCGAAGCCUCAUUUGGGAACCAGAUGUAUAUGGUCCGACCGUUGACUUAGGGUCGCUUCUCGUCUAUGGUAACUUGGCACAGCAUGACCACUCUGUACCCGGUCGCAGGAAUACAGUACACGCAGUUCACGUCAAGCGAGUCGUGUUCAACUGGUCCACUAUGUACACCUUGGAAAAGGAAAGGCGGGACCUGAUCGCUGUCUGGGCUUAUGCUUACGGUAUGUCUGAUGAGUGGGAGAUGAAACCUACUAUAGAGAUCGAAUUGUUACAGGCGGAUGAGAGCGUCGAGCUCCCCGAAACCGUAGGCCCCGCUAUCGCGAUGCCUGAUCAGAUGAUUUGGACCCGACGCACUGCUCCCUUAUCUCCAGCUCCAUCUCUCUGA